AUGCUGCUCCUCUCUCUCCACGCGUUAGCCUGGACGCCGGCGCUGCCCGGACUGCCCGCCUCCCGCCCGCCGCUCCGCCGCUCCGCCACCCUUCGCCCGGCGCUGCGGCUCGACGAGAGAGAGCUCGAGGCGUUGCAGCGGCAGGCGGCAGAGCUGGAGGCGGAGGCACGGCGGCUCGAGGCGGCGGCCGACGCGAUGGAGCAGCGAGGUCCUGGCGACGCCGACGAGCAGCCGCCAUCAAAGCCGCCAGAGCCGGACCUCGGCCUGAUCAGGUACCUCCUGGCUGCGGCGGCCGCCGCCCUCGCUGCCGCCGCGGCCGGCCUGACGUCGCAGGCCCUGCUGUCGACGUUCGCCGCGCCGCCGCCGCCGCCGCAGGCCGAGCGUGCCGUCGCGGCCCCAGCGAUGGCGGCGGCGGGAGGCGGCGAGGCGGCGGCCAAGGCUGCGAGGCCGACGCCGCCGGCAAAGGCCACCGUGCAGACGGCGAUAGCCGACUCGGACUUUGCUGCUGGGAGGGCGGCGGCGGCGGGCGCGGCGGAGGCGAGGGCGGUUGCCGCGGAGAAGAGCGCAGCGGUAGCCCUGGUCGAAGCCGAGGCGGCGGCGGGGAGGGCGGCGGACGAGGCCGCUGCGAGGGCGGCGGCGGUGGAGAGCGCUGCUGCGAGGGCGAGGGCGGCGGAGCAGGCGGACGCGGCGGCAGAAGAGCGCGCGGCCGCCGCGUUUGGCCCGGAGCUGCCAAAGGGGCUGGUCGCCGGCGUGUCUGCGCUGGAGAGAGAGGCGGACGCGGCGGCGAGGGCGGCGGCGGACACGGCGGCGGCGCUGGCGGCGGCCAAGGGCGGCGCGGCGGCGGCGAGGGCGGCGGAGGCGAAGGCGGCGGCGCGAGUGGUUGCGGCGCGCAAGGCGGCGGCGGCGGCGGCGGCGGGGGCGAAGCGGGCGGCGGCGGAGGCGAGGAGAGCGGAGGCCAAGGCGGCGUCGGCGGCCAGCCUCGCCCGCGCCAGAGCGGUGGCGAAGGCGGCGGCCGCGAGGGCGGCAAAGGAGCGCGCGGCGGCGGCGAGGGCGGAGGUGGAGAGGGCAGCGGCGGACGUGGCGGCAGAGAGGGUGGCGACCGAGGUGGAGGUGGGCGCGGCGGCGGCGGCGGAGAGGGCGGCGGCGAGCAGGGCGGCGGCGGCGGCGGUUGAGCUGAGGGAGGAGGCGGCGGUUGCGGACCUGCUGAGGAGCGUCGUAGGGGAGGCGGCCGCGCCAGACUAG